AUGUGGAUGAACGUGGGGCGUGUGCUGAGUGUGCUGGUGCUGGUGUGUGCCAGCGCGACGCUUGCGCUGUCGCACAAGGAUGCCAAGAUCACGAACCUUGCCUUCUUUGACAUCGAGCACGGCGACAAGUCGAUCGGCCGCGUGACGAUCGGCCUGUACGGCGAGACGACGCCCAAGACUGUCGAAAACUUCCUCGGCCUCGCGCAGCGUGGCGAGGGCCGCGGCUACGCGGGCAGCAAGUUCCACCGUGUGAUCAAGAACUUUAUGAUCCAGGGCGGCGACUACACGCGCGGCGACGGCCGUGGCGGUAUGUCGAUCUGGGGCAAGAGCUUCCCCGACGAGAACUUUGAGCUCCAGCACGAGGGCCCGGGUAUUCUCUCGAUGGCGAACGCGGGCCAGGACACGAACGGCUCGCAGUUCUUCAUCACGACCGUCGCUACCCCAUGGCUCGACGGCCGCCACGUCGUGUUUGGCCGCGUCGUCGACGGCAUGGACGUCGUCAAGUACGUCGAGGACGUCCAGACCCGUCCGGGCGACCGCCCGGUCGAGGACGUGGUCAUUGCGGACUCGGGCAUCCUCCCGGAGGCUGAGCUCGAGAAGCCGGCUAAGGACGAGCUUUAA